AUGGUGACAGCCAACGUCCUGCUCGGCUCCAGAGGGCCAGUGAYUCCUUCCUCCGGAUGGCUGGUGCGGAGCAACAGGGUUCAGGUGACCACCAUCACCAACGACAUGGGAGCUCCUAGCUCUGCGUGCGGACACUGGGUCUUGUGGGGAGGACCCAGUGGUGACACCAGCGAGGAGGCCAGGAGAGCUGGCACUGCACCUGCCCAAGUCACUGAGGGGCAGGUGAUGGCAGCGAAGCUCCUGCAGUGCCUCAUGCAAGGACUGGCUACCAUGAAAUUUGACAGGAUCCUGCCCAAGCUUUUUAUCUGGACCAUUGAUUCUCAGAGCUCCUGUGAGGCUUUUGGACAGCCAUAUUCCUCUUACCUCCAGAAUACAGAGUGUGUUUUGGAGCCUCUCUCUCUGCCAGAAAGCCCAGCUGGUGGUGCUGCCAUAGAAAGCUGCCCCUAUGUGCCCUGCAUUUUCUGUGAAGAGGGCUACCUGCUAGCAGAGCAGAGCCAGCUCCUCAAGCAUAUGAUCAUUGAACACAAGCUUGUCAUAGCAGAUGUGAAACUGGUUGCAGAUUUUCGAAGAUAUAUCUUGUAUUGGAAGAAGAGGUUCACAGAGCAGCCCAUCACAGACUUCUGUAGUGUCAUAAGAACGAAUUCAGCAGCCCCACCAGAAGAACAGGACAAUUAUUUUCUUCUAUGUGAUGUUCUACCAGAAGACAGAUUACUUAGAGAAGAGCUGCAGCAAAAGAGACUGAGAGAAAUUAUAGAGCAGCAGCAGAAGGAGAGAUAUGACACAGGAUUUCAUAGCACGUGUAUGUUUUGUGAUCAGGAAUUCACAGGAAAUAGAUCUGUCCUUCUCAAUCACAUGGCAAGAGAGCAUGCUUUUAACAUUGGGCUGCCAGAUAACAUCGUGAAUUGUUACGAAUUUUUGGCUGUAUUGCAGAAUAAGCUUGACAAUUUGCAGUGUUUAUACUGUGAAAAAGUCUUCAGAGACAAAAACACACUUAAAGAUCACAUGAGAAAGAAGCAGCAUCGCAGAAUCAAUGCCAAAAACAAAGAAUACGACAGAUUUUAUAUCAUUAAUUACUUGGAAUUUGGAAAGUCCUGGGAGGAAGUACAAUCAGAAGAUGACCGGGAAUUGCUAGACAACCUGGAAGAAGACUGGUCUGACUGGGAGGAGCAUCCCAUGUGUGCAGUUUGCCUGUUCUGUGAACAACAAGCAGACACCACAGAAAAACUUUAUUUUCAUAUGCAGAAAUCACAUGGAUUUGACUUUCCUAAAAUAAAGUCAGAGCAUGGAUUGAAUUUUUAUCAGCAAGUAAAACUAGUGAAUUUCAUCAGAAGAGAAAUCCAUCAUUGUCGUUGUUACAUUUGCCAGGAGAAAUUUCAAUCUAAAACAGAAUUGAUAAGUCAUAUGGAAGAGACCAAACACGUUACAUUCCUGCCAGCCAGGUCGACGUGGGAUCAACCACAGUAUUAUUUUCCUACCUAUGAAAAUGACACACUCUUGUGUACACUGUCAGACAGUGAAGAUCUGACAGCUGAGGAUAGUAGUGAAGAUGUCCCUGUUGUAAGUGAAGAUACCUGUAAUCUAAAAGCUCUGAAACAGAGCAGUGUAUUAAAUCAGCUCCUGCAUGAAGAGAAGAGAAGUCAGGAGAAACUUUGACCUUCAGAUACCAUCACUGACCUUUGACUGUUUCACCUCCAAGACAAAAAAAAAAAAAAGCCAUUAUUUUAUGAAAGUAUGAGUAUGGUUUACCCCAUAAAUGAACUGGGCAAAUAGUACAUGAAUGCUAAAUAAAAAAUCAUGU